UUAAGUCCGUAUGACACGGACCAGUUUUCCAUCCAUUUUCUGAAUGAGAAUUUGUAUUCAGAAUUUACUGCAACAUGUAUUACAGAAACAGAGAGUCUGAAUGCAAAAUUGGAUGAAAAAUAGAACAUGUCCUAUUUUUCAUUCAUUUUAUGUUGAAGCGCAUGCGCAUAGCGCCGUUAUUUAACCUUCGAAUUGUUUGUUUUGAAGUGAGAAACAAUUUUCUAGGCUAGUUGACACUUAUAGUAUCUGUCAAUUAUUAAGAAAAAUAUCAUAUGGCGCUUCUAGGCCUCCGUACAAUCGGGUAAUUCCUGUAUUUUAUAUGGCAGGUUGAAUUUUUUAUCAAGAUUCAAAAAUUACUUUGAAAUGUCAUUAUCAAAAUCAUGAUACAGCGACAGGCUCCUGCUGCGAUGUGUCUACUGUCUAAUCUUGUGACUGUGACCCAAGGAGAGUUUUAUAAUCCUUGACUGUGACCCAAAUAUCGUUAAGUAGACUUUGCAUGUCAAAUGUAUUUGGUAUCUGGCAACCCUGGAGUGUGAAUUUAACAGCUUGUCAAUUGUCAGCUUUGACAAAUGUCACUGUCGUUUUAAAGUGCUUUAGAAAUAGAAUAAACAGAGAUAGAUUGAAUAAAUAUUUCUUUUUUAGGGUUUUCAUAGGCAACCGACAUGGGUAAGGUAAAGUGUUCCGAUUUAAGAACCAAAGACAAGAAGGAGCUCACCAAGCAGCUCGAUGAGCUCAAAACGGAGUUAACCAGUUUGAGGGUAGCCAAAGUUACCGGAGGCGCACCUUCAAAACUUUCCAAAAUCCGUGUUGUGCGUAAAGCUAUCGCACGUGUGUACAUUGUUAUGCACCAAAAGCAAAAGGAAAAUUUAAGGAAAUUGUACAAAAAUAAGAAGUACAAGCCUUUGGACUUGAGACCCAAGAAGACCCGUGCCAUUCGCCGUGCUCUUUCCUCACAUGAAAAACGUAUCAAGACUGUUAAGGAAAUUCGUCAACGAUCUGCUUUCCCACCUAGGAAGUUUGCUUUGAGAGCCUAGUUGUCUUUGUAACAAUAAAUAUUUAUAAGUGGAUAUCCACCAAGAUUGUUUUGUUACUAAUAAGUGCUUGGAAAAGAACUCACCCAAUUCUGUGGGGCACAAAAAAU